AUGUCCGCUAAAACCAUUCUUUUCGUUGCUGCCGCCGCUAUCGGUGCUGCUGUCGUUAACGGCCAAGCCGCUCCUAACUGGCAAUACAUUCCCUCUGCAUGUGCCGACUCCUGUCCUUCUACUAUUGAAUCUGCUUACCUUUGUGAGACCACCUACUCUUCAAGCACUGAAGUCUAUGGUUGUUUCUGUAACAACCUUCCUACCGAUAUCGACGGUUGUGCCUCCUGUUUGAACAGCAACGAUGCUUCUGCCCUUGCAUCUCUUUUGACCUCCACUUCUACUGCUUGUCCUGCCGCCCAACAAUCAUGUUUCUUCGAGUGUUCUUUCGACACCUGUGCUUCUACCGAUAUCUCUUGUCAAUGUGAUGCUUCUUACCUUGCUAACAUCUACAACUGUGCAUCAUGUAACACCGCCAACAACAACGCCGGUACUACUCAAGUCACUGACUUCCAAUCUCUCCAAGAGUCAUGCGUAAACCAAAACUUCACCGGCGCUGAUCAAACCUUCACCACCUCAGCUCUUCCCACUAUUGCCACUGACGCUUAUACCGCUCCUACUCUCACUGCUACUGGUGGUGGUGCCGCUGCUACUGGUGAUGCCACUGAACUCGCUGGUGGUGCUUCUUCCGUCUCAGGUGAAGCUGCCGGUACUACUGCUGCCGCUGCCGCCUCUGGUGUAGUUUCUUCCGUAGAAGCUUCCGCCUCUGCUGCCGGUUCCAAGGUUGCUACUUCAGCUGCUGCUACCAAAGCUGCUACAUCAGGUGCUUCCGCUUCCAAAGCUAGUGCUUCCGCCUCAAAGACCUCUGGAACCGCUGCCGCAUCAGCCGCCGCCUCAUCAGCUGCUUCUUCAGCUGGUAACCUCGUUGUUCCCGCUUUCGGUGGACUCGUAGGUCUUGUCGGUGCCGUCAUUGCCCUCUUCUAA